AUGCCUAUCAAAGUCCUUGAAGAUCCCGGCGAAGUAAUCGAGGCGAUCAACGAAACCCCGAAGUCCGUCGUGGUACAUUACUGGGCUCCGUGGAUGGGACCCGAAACGCCUUUCCUUCCAGUUUUCUUGGAGGCGGAUGAGAACCGGGGAGAUGAGAUUGACUUGGUCAUUGUGAACAGUGGGUUCAUUCUCCCGCCGCAUUCACCCGACGAGAUGCCCUUGACGGUUCUCUACAAGGGCGGGGAGGAGGUGGAGACUGCACCCUUCGAUCCCAUCCAAAUCCAGCAGCUUAUUGAUAAUGCGUGA